GCGCUUCUUAUCGCGCCCAGAAAGUCUCACGGCCGCCAUGAUGCUUGUUUGCCUUCAGUAAGAAAGAGCAGCGGAUCAGAAACAAAGGAAACGCGCACUCGUCUCUGUGAACUGGUAUGAGCUUACAGUAUUACCGGGAUGCCCAAGGAAAAAUAUGAUCCGCCUGACCCAAGAAGGAUGUACACAAUAAUGUCCAGUGAAGAGGCGGCCAAUGGGAAGAAGUCAUACUGGGCAGAGCUGGAGAUUGUUGGAAGAGUGAGGAGUUUGAGUUCAGCAUUAUGGUCCCUUACCCAUCUCACUGCUCUUCAUAUCAGUGAUAACUCACUUUCACGAAUCCCGCCCGACAUUGCUAAACUACACAACUUGGUGUACCUGGACCUCUCGUCCAAUAAAAUCAGGAGCCUGCCCGCCGAGCUAGGCAACAUGGUAUCUCUCAGGGAACUGCUUUUAAAUAACAACCAGUUACGAGUUCUGCCUUUUGAGCUUGGAAAACUCUUUCAGUUACAAACGUUGGGUUUGAAAGGGAACCCACUUGCACAAGAAAUCUUGAACCUCUACCAAGAGCCUGAUGGGACACGUCGGCUCCUCAACUACCUGCUGGACAAUCUCGCAGGCACCAAACGUGAACAGCCACCACCUCGCUCAUGGAUACCAUUGCAGGAGCCUGACCGAACACGGCCAGCAGCACUUUUCUCUGUAAUGUGCUACAACGUGCUGUGUGAUAAGUACGCCACACGUCAGCUCUACGGCUACUGUCCCUCCUGGGCCCUCAACUGGGAAUACAGGAAGAAGUCCAUCAUGCAGGAGAUCCUCAGCUGCAGUGCAGACAUCAUCAGCCUACAGGAAGUGGAGACGGAGCAAUACUAUAGCUAUUUCCUGGUGGAGCUGAAGGAACAUGGUUACGAAGGAUUCUUCAGCCCGAAGUCCCGAGCCAGGACUAUGUCAGAAUCUGACCGCAAACAUGUUGACGGCUGCGCCAUUUUCUAUAAAACGGAGAAGUUCAGUCUGGUGCAGAAGCACACAGUGGAGUUCAACCAGCUGGCUAUGGCAAAUUCCGAAGGUUCAGAGGCCAUGUUGAACAGGGUGAUGACCAAGGACAACAUCGGAGUGGCUGUACUACUAGAGCUGCGGAAAGAGAUCAUGGAGCAGUCUGCUGGAAAGCCUUUGCAUGGCAUGGAGAAACAGCUCCUUCUUGUGGCCAAUGCUCACAUGCACUGGGACCCUGAGUACUCGGAUGUGAAACUUGUCCAGACCAUGAUGUUUCUGUCUGAAGUGAAGAACAUUGUGGACAAAGCCACUCGCAGUCUCAAGCUCUCCUCCAUCUCAGGAGAAACCAAUGCUAUCCCUCUCGUCCUGUGUGCUGACCUCAACUCUCUACCUGACUCGGGUGUGGUGGAGUACCUGAGCACAGGUGGUGUGGACAGCACCCACAAGGACUUCAAAGAGCUGCGAUAUAUUGACAGCUUGACCAACUUUAACUGCAAUGGCAAGAACGGCACCUCCAGCACCAGGAUCACGCACGGCUUCAAGCUGAAGAGUGCUUAUGAGAACGGCCUGAUGCCUUUCACCAACUACACCUUUGACUUUAAGGGCAUCAUUGACUACAUCUUCUACUCUCAACCUUUGCUUAAUGUGCUGGGCAUUUUGGGUCCCUUGGACCUCCACUGGCUCCACGAGAACAAUAUCACUGGCUGCCCCCAUCCCCACGUUCCCUCUGAUCACUUCUCUCUGUUUGCACAACUGGAGCUGCUCCUGCCCUAUCCGCCUGCUGUCAAUGGCAUUCAUCUGCCUGGUCGCAGGUAGUUCUCCAAGCCAGCAGGGGGAGCUCUGGCCCCGACCUCCUUUUGCUCUCAUAGUGGAGAGAGAACGAGGCAAGGGCUGUUGUGUAUAAAUCUGAUUCCCUUAAGAGGAGAUGGGGUACGGCAAACUUUUAUUCCCACGGAUUUUAACUGAAAAAGACAUUAAUGUCAGUCUUAUGUCUACCAUCUCCCACCCAGUUUAUUUUUGUUGUUUUUGUUUUUCCUUUACCACCUUCUGUUUUCUGGGCACAGUUAACAUCCUGUAAUUUUUCUUUUCAAAGCCCCAAGGGCCCUGAGUGAUUAUGUAAGUUUUACCUAAAGACAGAAAA